AUGACUGUUGUUACACCUCCACCAUCAUCUGAUGGUGAUACUCAACAGCAGCCACAAUCUCCAUCGAAUACAACAUUCGAAUGGAAAACAUUAAUUGAAACAUUUAGCGAUAAUACGAACAGUACAAAAUAUAAUGAAUUGACUCAAUCAAUUUUACGAUGGGAAGAUCUGUUGAGUCGACCAGAUCCGAUAAAUGAACAGUUUCUAAAUCCAUUUGCUAUUAUAGCAACACAUUAUCUUGUUGGAGGAUUAGCACGAGUUUUAUUUUUAGUUGAACGUUUUUAUUUUACUGAUGUGAUAAAUGUAGGAAAGUUAUUAUUAAAAUAUCUUAUACAAAAUGCGUUACCGAAAACAAAUGAGACGAAUCGAAUAUCAACAUUAAAUGCUAUUAAAUCAUUAUGUUAUUCUCAAACAUUUCUUUCAUCAUCAGAAGUUAAAGAUUAUUUAGAAUUAGUUAAAAAAUCUGAUGGACCACAAAUAAAUAAAGAUGAUCGUCGAUUACGUGCAUCAAGUAAAACAAUGAUCACUCGACGUGAAACUGGUUUAGUUGAUUCAUUAUGCAAUGCUGUUUUAUUUGAUUUAUCAACAUCAGAUGAUUCAUCAAAUGGAAAUAAACGUGAAAGACCACAGUCAGCUGGAUCAUCAUCAUCAUCAUCGAAGUUAACAUUUCCUAAACAUAUGAGUCAAAUUCUAUUGAAUGAUUUCAAACAAUUACAUGGUGAACAGUAUUUUAGUGAGAUAUUGUUUCAUAUGUCAAUAAUGACUGAUUCAAAAAUUAAUAUAAAUAAUAUUCUUCAUAAUGAUAUAAUUACGCCUGCCAACGAUAUACAAUUUCAAGAGAAGUUAGUAUCAAUUAAAAAUGAUCUUGAUUUUGUACGUCGUGCAAUGCAAUUACCAGUAAUUGAACCACUUGAUGAAAAUCGUCUAAAUAAAUUUAUUAUGAUGGCAUUAAAUUCACUUUUAAUUGCAUUGAAAUAUGUUCGUUUAGCGAUAAAUAAUAAUGAAAUAAUAACUAAUGAUCAAAUUUUACACGAUAUAGGACGUAUAUGUAUUAAACUCGGUGAUAUAAUACGAUAUUCACCUCGACUUGAGAAUUCACGAAAUACUUUUCUUAAUUAUCAUCUUUUAUUGGCAAUUACAUUAACUAAAGGAAUUAAAGAAAUUCUUCAAAAUAUUAAUAAUACUCAAAAUGAUACACAACAACAAUCAAAAAUAUCAAUAAACAAUCUAUUAAUUCAUCUUGUUGCAAUUCUAAUGUUUUCAACUCGAGAAUUAAUUAAUGAUAUAUCAUAUACUGAUUCCAAUAUUGAAAUAAUUGAUUCUCUUAAUGAAAAAUUUUCAUUUAAAAAUAUAACAGAUUUACUUCAAUCAUCUCAACGUUAUAGUUAUUUAAAAGAAUAUCAAACAUUAAAAUUAUUUUUAACAAUUUUACAUCGUCUUAUUUCAUCAUCAUCAUCAUCAACAUCAUCAACAACAACAAUAAAAAUAUCUACAACAAUUCCUGAUGCACCACCAUUACCACCUGAAACUCCAUCAACAGAAAAUAUUAGUGAAGAUACAUUUGGUAUAAAAAAUUUAUUUGAUGAAACAAAUACAGUAAAUUUAACAAAUACUUCAACAACUCAACCAACAAUUUAUCGUUCAUUAUCAUUAAAUAAUCGUAAACGAACAAUAUUAAAUCGUUGUUUAGAAAUUGAUUUAUGUUCAGAUGAUAUAUUUGAUCAAGAUGAUCAUAAUGAUUUAUUAAAUUAUCUUGAUAAAAAUUAUUUAAAUCAAAAUAUAUCAAUACUUAUUAAUGAUCUUACAUUAACAUUAAAUACAAAUGAACAAAUUGAAAAUUUAUCAUAUUUAAUUAAACAUUCAUUAAUAAUACCAAGAUUUAUUCAUAAUCUUAUUCAAAAUGAUAUAUUAACACAUACAAAUGAAAAUUUAUUACUUGAAAAACUUGGAAUUUCAUUUGAACAAUCAUGGCCAUUAAAAAUUUCUAUUCAUAAUUUAAUUAUUUUACUUAAAAUUGUUUUAAAAAGAAAAAAUCAUGAAUUAAUAUGUUUAUUAUGGGAUAAAUUUCUUCAAAGUAUAUCAAAUUCAUCUGAUGAAUUAACACUUGAACAUCUUGAAAUAUUUAUUGUAUUUUUUCAUCAAAUAACAAUACCACAACGUAAAAAUAUAUUAUUACAACUUGUUCAAAUUAUUCAAACAACAAAACAUAAUAUUUAUUUAUUAAUUCUAUUUGAAUAUAUUAUGUUUAAUUUUUACGAAAUUCCUGAAGAAAUUAUUGAAAAUAUUCAACAAAUUAUAACAAAAAAUGAUAUUACACCUACAAUAAAUUUUAAUCAAAUUAUUAUAAAAAAUAAUUCAAAUUAUCUUGAUGGAUUUGCUUUAAAAAAUCUUUAUAAUAAUCCAAUUUAUAAUCAAUUCUAUAAUUAUCUUAUCGAACAAUUAGAUUUUACAAAAAUAAAUAAAGAAGGAUUAAGCAAUACAUUAUUCAAACAAUAUUAUGAUCUUUUAUGGCGAAUACUUGGUUAUUUACCACCAUCAAAUGAAUUUCUUGAAAAUAUGGAUACAUAUACUGACACAACAUAUUUAUUACAUUUAUUUCGUCUUGAAAAAAAAAUUCUACAAGAUAAAUAUAUAAAAGAAUUUCUUUCAAAAGAUAUAACAUUUACAAAUAUUCAAUGGUUUAAAAAUAUUGAUAAAAAAUCUUAUUCAUUAUUUGAUUUAAUUGUUUAUCAAAUUUUAUUACAAAAUUUAACAUCAACAUCAGAAGAAAUUAAUCAUUUAUAUAAAAUUUUUUUUAAUCAAUUUAAAUUAUCAUUAAAUACAAAUUCAUCUAUUGAAUCAUUAUUAUUAAUACCAAUAACAAAAAAUAUUGAAGAUAAAACUAAAACAAUAACAAUACCAACAUUACCAAAUGAUUUUGAAGAAUUAUUUAAAUAUCAAUUAGAUUAUACAUUAGAACAAAAUGAUUUAAAUUAUAUAUUUCUUCGACAAAUUUUACAAAUAUUAUCAACAAUUAAUUCAGAAAUAAAUGAUAAACAAAUAUAUAUUGAAAUACAAUUAAAUACAAAUUUAAUAUUUCUUAAAGAUCAAAUUAAAUUAAAAGAUAUUAAUACAGAAACAAUACAAAAUGAUAUUAAUGAAUGUAUAUAUAAAAAUAUAUUUGAAAUAUUAUUUAAUAAAAAUUUUCCUAAUGAUAUUAUUAAUGAAGAUAUAUAUCAUGAUUUAAUUAAAUAUCUUGAUGAACAAUUUCAACCAAAUAUAUUUCAAAAUUGUUUAAAUUUACAUAAUUUAUUUGAUUUACUUUAUUUAACAUCAAAACCAAAUUUAUCAUUAUCAAUAUUUGCUAGAAUGUUAAUGUUAUUUAAUAAAAUUUUUUCUUAUUCAAAUCAAUUUCAAAUAUUAAUUAAAGAUUUAAAUCAUAUUGCUAAUUUAACAAAUGAACAAUUAUCACAAUGGUUAUCAAAACUUGUAUUAUUACAAAAUAAUGAAAAAAAUCAAUUAUAUACAGCUGAACAAUAUAAACAUAUAUUAGAAACAUUUACAAAAUAUUUAAUUAAAAAAAAUGAUGAUAGUACAAAUAUGAUUGGUGAAGAAGUUUCAUUAUCAAUUUUAUCUGUAUUAAUACAAUUAGGAAAUGAAUUAUUAAAACCAAAUAAAUUUGCAUUAGGUUUUCCACAAAUUAUACAAUUAUUAGUUAUUUUAGCUGGACAUGGUAAUGGUAAUGGACAUAUAUUUUUAUUUCAAGCUGCAGCUAUAUGGUUAGAAUUUUGUGCUGAUACACUUGCAGAUCAAAAUGAAAAUUUAACAUCACAAUUUUUAUCAUCACUUCUAUCUUCAUCAUCUGUUGAAUCUCUAACACUUUUUCAUUAUAAUAUUCUUGAAGCAAGUGUUUAUUUACUUGCUUAUAUAAAUGAUAUAUUAAUAGCAUUAAAAUAUUUAUCAACAAAUGAAUCAAUAUCUUUAAAAUCUUCAUUAAAAAUUGAUGAAACUGAUGAUGAAGAUGAUGAUUCACAAGAUGAUGAAGAUACAAAUAUUGAACAAAAAAAAAUUCUUCUUUCAUCAACAAUUCAACCUGAAUAUGAUCCAAAUAAAUUAUGUACUUAUACAACAACAAAAAAAGAAUAUGCUAAUCAACAUUGGUAUCAUUGUCAUACAUGUAAAAUGAUUGAUCGUGUUGGUAUAUGUCAAAUAUGUGCUAAUGUUUGUCAUAAAGAUCAUGAUAUAUCUUAUGCUAAAUAUGGUUCAUUUUUUUGUGAUUGUGGUGCUAAAGAAGAUGGUUCAUGUCAAGCAUUAGUUAAACGUUCAAUAUCAACAACACCUAUAACAAUUGUUCAACCAAUGACAUCAUUAUCAACAAUACAAAAGAAAAAAUCUAAAAAAUUAUCAUCAUUAUCAAAUAAAAAACCUAAAUUAACAAAUCGUCAACGUCGUUUAAUACGACAAAUUAAUACUAAACAAUCAGAAUAUAAUUUAUGUAUACAAAAUAAACAUAUACCAUAUAAUACAUUACGUUUAUUUAAAUUACUUCAACCAUAUAUUGAUAAUCAAUAUCAACAAAUAUAUAAUAUUGAAAAUAAAUUUGAUUUAAUAUCAGAAUAUUUAAAAAUAAAUAAUCAAUUAUUAUCUAGUGAAAAUGAUGAAAAUAAACAACAACAACAAUUAUGUACUAAUAUAUUACAUUCACAAGAAAAUGCAUUUGAACAUGUUAAAUUAUCAUUUACAAAUGAACAUGGACAACAAAUAAAACAAUUACUUAGUACUAAUUCUAUACGUCGUCAAGGUAUGUGUAUUAUGUCAUCAUUAAAUCCUGAACAAACAAAACAACAUUUAAUUGUUAGUCAAGAAAAAGGUAAACAAGCUAUGAUAACUAUAUUACAAUUAAAUUCAUUACUUAAACAAACAACAACAAUGAUUAAUAAUAAUAAUAUAACAAAUGAUAAUACAACAAAAAAAAAAUUAACAUUAAAUAAAUUAAAUACAUUUAAUAUACCAUUUACAAUAUUAUCAAUGCAACCAAAUCAAUUAAAUAGUGAUUAUUUAUGUAUAACUGGUUUAAAAGAUUGUCAUAUAUUAAAUAUUGAUAAUAAUGGACGUUUAAGAGAACCAACUAUUAUUCUUCAACCAAAUUUAGAUUCAACAGGAAAUUAUAUUAUACGUGCACAAUGGUUAUCAGAUAAAAAUCAAGCACAACUUGCUUUAUUAACAGCUGAUUUUAUUAAAAUUUAUGAUUUAAGUACUGAUACACUUAGUCCAAUUUAUUAUUUUAUACUUCCAACAGGCAAAGUACGUGAUUGUACAUUUUAUUAUACAAAACAUAAUAAUAUUGAAUGUUGUUAUAUAUUAAUAAUGGCUUCAAAUGGUUAUAUAUAUUAUGAACAAUUAUGUGAAUCAUCAUCAGCUCGUAAUGGUUCAUUUUAUGUAACAAAUACACUUGAUAUAAAACAUGAAACAAUAAGUGAAACAAAUAAUAAUGGUAUAUUACUUGGUGGUGGUGUAUCAGUUUAUUAUUCUUCAACAUUAAAACUUUUAUUUUGGUCAUAUGUUCAUGGAAAAAAUUUCUAUGGUAUUAUUGAUGAAAGAAAUGUAGAAAAAUUAUUAAUGAUACGUUCAAUUGAUGUUAAAAUGACACCAACAACAACAUCAACAUCAACAUCAACAUCAACAAAUGGUAAUAAUAAAUCAACAUCAACAUCAACAUAUCAUACAUUAUGUUCAUGGUCAGAAAUUCCUCAUCAUCCUGGUUUAAUAUAUACAAUGACACAAAUGACAAAUAAUCCAGUUAUAUUAAUGAUAACACCAUCAAAUGUACGUUUAAGUGAAAUUAAAAUGCAAUUAAAAACAACAAAAAUUCAAGAUAUUGUUGCUAUACGUUAUGAACAACGAACAACAUUUAUAUUAUUAGCUGAUGAUGGUAGUUUAAAAAUUUUAUUAGCUGAAUUAGAUAAAACAAAUUAUUGGUUAAAUAAAUUAUAUCAAAAAAAGAAAUAUUUUCCUAUGUUUGAUUUAGAUUUAAAUGAUGAAUAUUUUGAUUAUGAUAAUAUUAAUUAUCAAUAUACAUUAUCAGAUAAUGAAACUGAUGAUCAACAAGAACCAAUUGUAAAACGUCGAAAACAAACAAUUACAACUACAACCACAACCACAACACCAUCAUCAUCAGCAUCAACAGCAACAACAAUAACUAAUCCAACAAAUGAAUCUACAAAUGGUUCAAUUAAAUUUCCUGUUGACUUUUUUGAAUCAUGUCAAUUAUUAACUGAAUAUGAAUUUGGUGGACGUGAUUUACUUGAUGUUUAUAAUGUAGCACAACUUAAAUUACGUUUAUCAACACCAGGAAUGUUUGUUGCUAAUGUUCGUACAGGUGGUUUUACACUUGAAGUUAUUAAUAAAGAUCCAGAUAAUAAAGUUAUAACAGGUGUACGUAUACAUAUUGGUUUAUAUUCAAUGGAUAAAUCACCACAAUAUUUUGAAUUAUUUGGACGUACAAUACAAGUUAAUAAUUUACAAGGACCACGUUGGUAUGAUUUAUGUUUAACACGUGAAGAAUCAAUACAAGCUGAAAAAAAAUUUAAUAUAUUUAUUUCACAAUCAGUUGAUACAAAUCAUAUAACAGUUAUUGAUGAUGUUAAAGUUUAUGGUAAAACAAAAGAAGAAUUUCAAUGGCCUGAAAAUAUUGAUGGAUCAUUAUUAACAUCAACAAAUAAUACAGCAACAACAGCAAUAACAACAACAACAACAAAUGCAAUUAAUGAAUAUUUACAUUCAUUUAAAGAAACAAAUGAUGAAAAAGAAUUAGCUACAUUACCUUUACCUGAUAGGUUACUUGUCUAUAGUAUGCAAGUAUUAACUGGUUCAUUAUGUUUACAUCAUAAUCUUGAUGAACAAAAUCGUUCAAAAUUAAAUUCUGAUAUUGUUCAAUAUACAUCACAUAUGUUUCAUAUGUCAUUACCAUCACAAAUUCAACGAUAUUCACGUCGUUUAUUAAAAGAAUUUUUUUCAUCAAUAUCAUCAUCAGAUUUUGAUUAUUAUGAACAUAUUGAUCGUUUACAAUUAACAUUUUUAUCACAAUGUUUUUCAUCAAUAAAUUAUUUAGAAUUAUUUAAUGAUAUACAAUCUUAUGAAUAUUUAUUAUUAUCAUUAUUAUCAAUAACACGUCGUCGUCCACAUAAUAUAAAUCGUUAUUUAACAAUAACACAAAAUGAAUCAAAAGAUGCUAUAUCAAAAUCAGCAUCAAUGGAAAUAUUUAUACCAUAUUUAAUAAAUAUAUUUUUUUAUUUAUUAGAUCAACGUCCAUCAAAUCCAUUACUUGAAUCAAUUGAUAAUAAAACAAUUAAUUUAAAACAAAUUGAAAAACUUCUUCAUAUACUUGUUGAUAUAUAUCAUUCAUUAGCAUUAAAUGAACCACAUACAUGUAUGAAUUUAAUUGUUAAUUCAUAUAUACGUUUAUUAACAUAUCAUGAUUAUCAUAUUAAUUUUAUAAUUAAAAAUGCAUUAAAUCGUUGUAUGCAGCCAAAAAUUCAACGUUUAAUAUCAAAAUUAUCAACAGCAAGUGAUUUAAAUCAACCAGAUACAAAUGAUAAACAAUUUCAUGCAAUACCAUUAUCAGCACAAAUUUAUACAACUGAACAACAAAAUCAUCCACGUUGGACAAAUGUACCAACAACAGAACAACCACCACCACCACCACCACCACCACCACCAUCAUCAUCAAUAACAACAACAAUAACAGAUCCAAUUGGAACCGAUGAAACAGCUAUGUUACAAUAUGCACUUGCAUUAAGUUUAUCAGAAAAUCCUGAUCAAAUUCCAUCACCAUCUACAAUAACAGAAAAUCUACAACAAACAAUUGAAUAUGUUGAUAAUGAUGAUGAAAUACCAUCAACAACACAAAAUGAUAUGGAAAUAAAUCAAAUGAUGGAAUUAAUGGUUAAUACAGAUAAUUUAAAUCAAGAAUCAACAAACACACAAAAUGAUCAUAGUGAUAAUAAUAGUUUAUAUGAAGGUGAUGAUGGUCAUGAAUCAGAAUCAAGUUCAACAACAAAUGAAGGUGGUGAACAAACAAAUAAUAAUAAUACUACAAAUAAUAAUAAUAAUAAUAAUACAACAUCAACACCAAUACAAACAUCAUUAUCAUCACCAAUAUCAGCACCAUUAUCAUCAUCAUCAAAUGAUUCAAAUUCAACAAUUAAAUUAAAUAUUAAUGAAUCAAUUGAUUCUAGUAUAUAUGAACAACGUUUAUAUGAUUUAAAACAUUUAAUUGUUGAAAAAUUAUUAGAUAAUCUUGAUGAAUAUUUAUUAAAUAAUUCAACAUUAAAUGGUUUAAAUUCUAUAGCUUAUUUACAAUUAUUAUUAACAUUAACAAUUGAAUUUGCAUCAAAAUCAGAUGUAAAUAAUCAACAAUUUGUUCAUUAUAUAUUAAAAAGUUUAUUAAGACAAAUGACAUUUUUAAAAGAUAUUAAUCAUAAUAAUAUGAAUGAUUUAAUUAAACGUACAUCACAACAUGAAAUACAAUUAAUGUUAUUAAGAUUAUUUACUGUUUAUGUUUCAUUUAUGCUUAAAGUACGUGAUAAUGAACGUGAACAAUAUUUAGAUUUAUCAUCAACAGCAGCUAAACAAUUAGAAGAAUCAAAUGUUGUUAAUUAUUGUUUAUAUGCAUUACAAACUGUUUAUAAAUAUUUAGUAAAACAACCGAUUGAUGAAAAUUUAUUAAAUGAACAAACAAUGCUAUCACCCAGUGGUACAACAACAUCAACUAAUAAUUCACAAACAUCAUCAAUAUCAAUAAUGACACUUUUGAAACCACUUAAUCAACAAUCAUUACCAGAUUUAUCACCUUUUUUUUAUAAACAAUAUACAAAACAUCAUGCUAAUGAUGUUUUUGAAGCAUAUCCAGAAUUAUUAGCAGAAAUUGCAACAAGAUUACCAUAUCAAAUGAAAAAAGUAAUUGAUUAUACAUCUGAAGCACAUCCAUUUUUACUUUCAACUGAUUGGCAAAAAUGUUUAUGUGAAUAUUAUGUAUUACCUCAAGGUUCAUUUCUUAAACGUCAAAUUCGUAAAUUACUUAUGUAUAUAUGUGGAUCACGUGAUAAAUAUCGUAAAUUACGUGAUUUUCAUGUAUUAUCAACAAAUUUAAGUGAAAUAAAAAAUAUCUAUGAAGAAAAUUUUUCAUUAAAUAAUACAGAACAACGUAAAACAAUAUCAACACAAAUUCCAUAUGUUACAUUAAUGCGUCUUGUUGAUCAUUUAAAAUCAUGUCAAGAUAUAAGUAUUCAACGUUGUUCAAAUUGGCAAAAAUUUUGUAAAAAUGAUUCAACAAUAUUAAAUUUUCUUGUUCAAUUAAUUAUGCUUGUUGAUGAUUCAUUAGUACCAUUUAUACUACAUUUAUUAAUUAAUUCAAUAUCAUCACCAUCAUCAGCAGCAGCAGCAACAGCAGCAGGAGCAACAGGAACAACAGCAACAUCAUCAUCAACAACAACAACAACAACAUCAUCAUCAAAUCGAACAAUAAAAACAAGUAAAUCUGUUCGUCCAAAUGAUUUUGAUACAACUGAUGAUAUAUCAAUAUGUUCAAUAGCAUUACAAUUUUCUAAAAUAAUAUCAAAUAAAUUAUUAGAAGAUUUUAUUCGUUUAUUUUUAUUAGAAAAUAAUCAACAAUCUACACGUUGGUUAACACAUACAUUUUUAUAUAAUUUAUAUAUAAAUUCAAAUAAACAAUUACAAGAUUAUAUAUUUGAUAUAUUAAUUAAUUUAUGGUCAACUAUAUCAUAUUAUGGACAAAAAUCAUUUCAAUAUAUUGAUUUAUUAGGUUAUAUUAUAAUUAAAAAUAAAGAUGAUAAACGUACAAAUGAAUUUUUACCUAAAUUAGAAUUAAUGUUAAAAAGUGAAAAUCAAUUAUUAUUAAAUCAUCCAAAUACAACUAUUUAUCGUCGUUUAUCAACAAUAAUUGAUAUUGAACAAAAUAAUGGUUAUUAUUUUGAAACAGAACCAUGUUUAGUUUGUAAUAAUCCUGAUAUACCAUAUCAACAAGUUAAAUUACAAACUAUUAAACUUGAUCAACGUUAUACAACACAAUCACAUAUAAUUAAAUUAAUUCAAGCAUAUUCAAUACAAAAAUUACAUAUUAAAAUGUCUGAAAUAAAACGUAAUAAAGCUGUACGUACAAUACGUUUUUAUUAUAAUAAUCGUCAUGUACAAUCAAUAGUUGAUUUAAAAAAUAGUGUUAAUUGUAAAUGGUUAUUAGCUAAAACAAUUAAAUUAACAAAUAUACAACAAACAGAAGUUAAAAUUGAUUUUGUUAUACCAAUUAUUGCUUGUAAUUUAAUGAUUGAAUAUGUAGAUUUUUUUGAAACACCAACAUCUGGUAUACCAGCUAUUACAGAUACAACAACAUUACAAUGUCCAAGAUGUAAUUCAGCUGUAGCAGCAACACCUGGCAUUUGUCCUAAUUGUGGUGAAAAUGUUUUUCAGUGUCAUAAAUGUCGAUCAAUAAAUUAUGAUGAACGUGAUCCAUUUUUAUGUAAUUCUUGUGGUUAUUGCAAAUAUUGUAAAUUUGAUUUUAUUUUUACUGCUAAACAAGUUAAUUAUGUUGAACCUAUUGAAUCUGAUGAAGAUCGUGCUAAAACAAUUGCUAAUAUAAGUCAAUUAUUAGAAAAAACUGAUAAAAUCUAUCGUCAAUUAAUUAAUCAAAAACCACUUCUUGAAUAUUUAUUAACAAAAUUAAAUUCUGAUGAUCAAAGUUCAACAUUAAUACCUUCAAUACCAACAACAACAACUACAACAACAACAACAAAUACAACCACAACCGGUGAAACAUCUGAUCAACAACAACAACAACCUCCGACGGUACCAACACCAACACCAACAAUAACAUUAACAUCAGCAAAUAAUCCAAAUGGUAUUAAUCGUAUUGUUCAACAAAUAGCACCGAAAUAUAAUACUGAAUGUCGUCAAACAUAUGAUGAACUUGGUAAAUGUAUACAAAAAAUAAUAUGUGCACGUAAAGAACUUUAUACAUAUGAUCAACGUCAUUCAAAUUUAUCAACAACAUUAAUGUUAACAACAACACCAUCACGUUCACAUCAUUGUUAUGGUUGUAUAUUAUCAACAAUAUCACAUUGUAUAUUACUUUUACGUGCAUUUGUUACAUCAUCAAAUCGUUUAAAACAAUCUAUAACAAAUAAUAUAUCAUUAAUUGAUGAAUUAUUAUUAAAUAAUAUACGUUAUACAAAUCAACAAAUACGUCAUGAUGUACGUUUAUUAUUUUGUUAUUUAACACGUGAUAAUAUACAAUUAACAGAUUAUAUAACAACAAAAAUUUUUAAUAAAAUUGAAAUAAUAUUUCAACAAAAAUUUAUUUUAUCAUCAUCAUCAUUAAUUAAUUAUGAUUUAUUAGUACUUUUUUCUUUAAUACAACGUUCAAAUCAAGAUGAUCAAGAUUUAUGUUGGGAAAAUAAAUUACGUUGUAUAUUUAAAUUAUUUCUUUAUUCAUUAAAAAUUUCAACACCACAAAUACUUGAAUUAAUAACAUUACCUUGUUUAAGAAUGUUAUUACAUUUAUCAAAAUCACAAAUAACAACAAAUACAAAAUUAAUAUCAAUUGAUAUUGAAAAAUUUCUAUCAAAACAAUUAACAUAUAAUGAUUGGAAUAAUAAUUCAAAUGAUAAUAAUAAUAAUAAUAAUUUUUCUUUAACAUAUAUUAAUAAAUCAUGGUUAGAAAAAUUAAUAUUUUGUCCACAAUCAGCAACAAUACGUUUUUUAACAUGUAAAUUAAUACAAACACUUUGUAUAAAUGAUAAACAAAAAUUAUUUAUUAUACAAAUUUUAAUACAUUAUUUACAUAAUAUAUGUGAUGAAAAUCUUUUAAAAUAUUCUUAUGAAUAUGUACAAUUAAUUAAAGAUUUAUUAUUAAAUGAUAAUCAAUUAAAAUUAAUACUUUGUAAUGAUGAACAAUUUAAUAUAAUUAAACAUCUUGCAUCAUUAAUUGAAAAUGAAAUAUUAAUUAUUAAUAAACAAGAUGAAAAAAAUUUAUUAAAUUCAAAUUUAACAUUUGGUUAUUCAAUUAAAUCAUUAACUGAAUUAUUAAAUAUAUUCUUACAACAAGAUGAAUUAAAACAAAAAUAUAAAUCAAUAUUAAUUGCUAUUGUAUUAAAUGGUUAUUUAACAUUAAAAAGAUUAAUUGUACAACGUACAAAAUUAAUUGAUGAAGCACAAAAUAAAAUGUUAGAAUUAUUAGAACAAAUGACAAGAGGUAAUGAACAAGAAACAAGACAAUUUAUGAUUAUUUGUAUUGAUACAAUUGAAAAAUUUCAAUUAGAUGAUAUGCAAACACCUUUAUUUAUAUUUGAACGUUUAUGUAAUUUAAUUUAUCCAGAAGAAACUAUGCAAGAAAAUAAAGAAUUUUUUAUUGUCGUGGAAAAAGAUCCAAAUCAAGAAGAUUUCUUACAAGGACGAAUGAUGGGUAAUCCAUAUAGUUCAGCAGAUCCAGCCAUGGGUCCAUUAAUGCGUGAUAUAAAAAAUAAAAUAUGUACUGAUUGUGAAUUAAUUGCAUUACUUGAAGAUGACAAUGGCAUGGAAUUACUUGUUGCAAAUAAAAUAGUUAAUUUAGGUUUAGCUGUUCGUGAUGUUUAUAAAAAAGUUUGGUUACCUUAUAUAAAUUCUCAUCAAACAAUACCUUCUAAUGCUGAUCCAACAGCAGGUAAUGCUCAAGCAGUUGUUAAUCCAUCACAAAAUGAACAUGAACCAAUGCAUAUUGUUUAUCGUAUGCGUGGUUUAUUAGGUGAUGCAACAGAAGAUAUAAUUGAAACAUUUGAUACAAAGAAAAAUGCUAAUGAAAAUGGUGAAGAUGAUCCUGAAGAUAUAUAUCGUUUAGCUAAUGUUCUUAGUGAACAUUCAGGUUUAGAAACAAUGCUUAAACGUUUAAAUUCAAUUGAUGAUAUGUCAUCAGGAAAAGCUUUAUUACAAAUUUUAUUAAAAUUAUUUGAAUAUGCUAUUAAACUUAAAGUUAAUCGACAACGUUUAAUUGAUCCAAAUUUACGUUCAAUAUCAUCAAUGUUAAAUAAACUUAAUUUAUUAUUAAAAACUGAAAUUGAAGAACAAGGACGUGAUCAAGCACUUUUAUCAUUAACAGAAAAACUUCUUUUUAUUAUGGAUCAAUUAUUUCAUGAAGCAAGUACAACAUUAUCACAAGAUAAAUAUAAUGAAUUUUCAGUAUCAUGUGAAGGUGAUAUUGAACAAUUACGUUCAUUACUUAAUUAUAUAAAAUUAUCAUUUGUUAAAACUCAUCCAAGUUUAAUGGAAGCUCUUAUUCAUUUAUUACCAUAUUUAUCAUUUGGAAAUAAAGAAAAAAUGCAAACAUUACUUGAUUAUUUUAAAUCAUAUUUAGAAUUUGAUCGAUUUGAUCUUGAACAAACAUCAUCAUCAACAACAACAUCAAAUGAUAAUGAUAGUCAAUUACAUUUAGAUUGUUUUUGUGAAAUAUGUAAACAUUUAGAUAAAAAAUCUGUUUAUGGUAAAGAAUUUCGUGAUCUUGUUAAUGAAUCAAAUGGUAUUAUUGAUCAAUGUAUAAAUUAUAUUGAAAGUAAUUCACCACAAGUUAAAACAUAUUUAGGUAUGCAAGAUCAAGAUAGUUGGAAAGAAUUUUUAAAUAAACCAAGUUUAUCUUAUGUAUUACGUUUAUUAACUGGUUUAUCUUAUGGACAUGAACAUAUACAAAUGAAAAUCGGACAAAGUUUAAUACCAAUUUUACAUAAAAUUGAACAAUUACCAACAGCUGGUAAAGUUGGUGUUUUAGCUGAAGAUCUUUUACAUUCAUUAACAGAAAAUGAACAAGUUGCUAAAAAAAUAGAUGAUGUUAGAAAUCAAACACGUGCUGAGAAAAAACGUUUAGCACAAGAAGCACGUGAUAGAAAAAUGCGUGAAUUAAAUUUAACUAAAAUAACACGAAAUAAAAGUGUAUCUGAAUCAUCAGCAACUGUUUCAAAAACACCUGUACCUAAUGUUGAUUUAACUGAUGAAACUGGUCAUGUUUGUUGUAUUUGUCGAGAAGGUUAUAAAUAUUUUCCAAAUAAAGUUUUAGCUAUAUAUACAUUUACAAAAAAAGUUGAUAUUGAAUCAUAUGAAGCUAAAACACGAAAAACAUCUGGUUAUGCAACUGUAACACAUUUUAAUAUAAUACAUAUUGAUUGUCAUACAUCAGCUAUUAAACAAGCACGUUCAAGAGAUGAAUGGGAAUCAGCUUUAUUACAAAAUGCAAAUACACGUUGUAAUGGUUUAUUACCAUUAUGGGGACCUGAUGUUGCUGAAGCACAAUUUACAACAGCACUUGCAAGAUAUGAUACAAAUAUAAUUGAAGCAACAGGUAUUCGUGAAACAUCACCAACAUUAUCAAUUCAUGACAUAAAACUUUUAUUACUUCGUUUUGCUGAUGUACAAUCAUUUAGUGAAGAUACAGGUGGUGGUGGACGAGAAUCAAAUAUACGUUUGAUUCCAUAUGAAAUGCACACAAUACUUUAUGUUCUUACAACAACUCGACAAAUUGAACGUGAAGAAAAAUUAUUACAAAAUUAUCUUAGUCGUCCUGAUUUAUUAAUAAAUGAAGCAUUUGAAGUUGAUGGUCCUUUCUUUUUAACAACAUUAUCAUUAAUUAUAAUGAAACCAAAUGAUUGGGAAAAAAAUCGUCGUACUUUUCUUCAAAAACUUCUUGUUACUGCACAUAUUCGAUCAGUUAAUACACCAAAUGAUCGAACAAAACUUGCUUCAAAAGCAUUGAAACCAUUUGCAACUUAUAAAACAACUCUUGUCUUUUUUGGUCUUGUCAAUGCAUUUUUUGUUCAUAUGUUAAAUCCGCGUUUUGAUAUGACAUCGACCAUACCAUACAAUCAACAAUUGGCACAAUUUCUUCGUUGUAAUGAUGCUUUUAUUAUGGAAGCAUGUACAAAAAUCUUAAAACAUUUUGAACAAGAUUUACUUCCAAGUCAAACAUUUGAAGCAUUAUUUAAUGCAUUAGACUUAAGUCAAUUAUCAGAACAAUGGAUACAAGAUGCAAUUAAUAUAUUACCAUAG